GGGAAAUAAAAGGAAAGGAAGAUCCUAUUUUGGCUGGAAAUUUUGCUUGCUUUACACUGUCACAUAUUAUUGACUUAUUGUUGCUUUCUCUUAAAUUUAACUGGCUAAAUUUCCUUCAAUUGCCUAGGGCUAAAAUGGAAUUAUCAAUGUGUACGAACUGAUAAACAACUCUGUCUCUAUUUCUUAAAAUUCCUACACAGUUGCAAUAUGUUCUCGCGAUGUAGGUUUUUCUCUUUUUUUUUUCCUGAUUAACAUUGUAAUAAUUUAAGCUCUGAGAGCCAACUUAAAAUGCAUUAUUUCACGGACAACGGCACGAAGAACUUUGGAGCCUUUUGAAGGCAUCUAAUUCGUCCUUGAUUGGAUUGCUUCAUGGACUAGAGCAGUUCUUGCAUGGAAGGAAUGAUCCGUUUAAAUUAUAUAUCCCUUUCCUCAGAAUGCAAGCUUCUGAUAAUUACCUCCGUACAUUAACCAUUUCCUUCUCUAUAAAUACCCAAUUCACUUAUAACUCUUCUCAAUAUCAGAGUCCCAAUCUAACUAUGAUCACUCGAUCAUCUCAUUACAACUACAUCGAUUAGCAUCAGCAAGCUGCAAUGGCUGCUUCUGCUGCUCUGAAGAUGGCUGCCCUGUGCGUGCUGGUUCUGUGCAGCAUUGGGUCAUAGUCACAGGCGAUGAUAGCCCACGCGUCAUCGACUGCUAAGCAUGACGCAGCCGCCGGCGCGCUGCUGCGUGAGCUCGUGCGGAACGUCGUCGCCGAGGAGCUAGGCCUCUCCGGCGGCGGCGCCAGCGGCGCCGGCGGCCGUGGCAACGUCGGCGACGCCUGCCCGGCGGCGUGCCAGAACUGCCUGAUCCUCUGCGCGAUCAAGUGCGUCCUGAAGCCCACCCCGGUCGCCUGCUACGCCGACUGCAUUAGCAAGGACGCCUGCUUCAAUGCUGGUGAGGUGGCUGAGUCAUGAGACAUGAGUUUACAUGAAUUUUACCCAGUUUAAAUUAUUGUGUCAACUAGGGAUGGCAAUCGGACGCGACGAGCACGGGUAGUGCCUACCCACCCAUUACUACAUUACGGGUAAGGAUGGUUGCCCAUGCCCAUUGCCCGCGGGCGCCUUAUGCCCGCGGGCGUGCCCGUUUACCCGCCACAACAAAAGCAGUGGAACAAAAAGUCUACAAGCUACUAAGUUCGAAUCGAACUUAAAACAUCAAAUAUUCUCCGCCUCGGUGUCGUGUCUCUCCUCUGGCGGCGAU